GAAGAGGUGAGGUGGCAGAGGGAGGAAGAGAGCAUAAGAUGUUUUUUAGUGCUGAAGAACUACUCAUUGAGUCUCAUUUUGUUAGUCAGCCUCACUGUCCUGCAUGAUCUUACCUGGACUCUUUCCAGCAAUCUCUUCUUUUCAUUCACCUGUUCAAUCCUUGCUACUAUGCUGUCUGUCUGGCUUGUCUUGGUUUCCUGCAUGGAUUUUCUCCUGUACUCUUCUGCAGAGGAGGGUCUGGAGUUUCCCAGUUUCGAUGGCAAGGACAGAGUUCUUAAUGUCAAUGAGAGAAACUAUAAGAAGGCAUUAAAGAAGUAUGACAUGAUGUGUUUGCUGUUUCACGAACCCCUGCCUUCAGAAAAGGAUCUCCAGCAGCAGUUUCACAUGAGGGAGAUGGUUCUGGAGCUUGCUGCUCAAGUUCUGGAAGACAAGGAUAUUGGUUUUGGAUUGCUAGACUCACAUAAAGAUGCUAAGGUUGCCAAAAAGCUUGGUCUGGAGGAGGAAGGAAGCAUCUAUGUGUUUAAGGAUGAAAGAGUGAUUGAGUUUGAUGGCGAGCUCUCUGCAGAUACACUGGUUGAAUUCCUGCUAGAUCUGCUGGAGGACCCAGUGGAGUUGAUCAGUAAUCCCAUGGAACAACGUGCCUUUGAGCGAAUGGAUGAAGACAUACGCCUUAUCGGCUACUUUAAGGGCGAAAACUCUGAACAGGCCAGCUGCAGCUCACCCUCAGCGAUGGGAGUGUGGGUCUGGUUCCACUCCAUGCCCUCGAACUCCAUGAGCAUGCCCACUGGAACACACAGUGUUGCUGGCUCAUGCACCUGGUCAGACUGGGGGAUCCACAUUGGAGAAGGACCCAGUUCACAUAUUCCACAAACGUCUCUUGAGGAGCAUUUCCAGGCUGACAGUGUGUGGUUGAACAUGCCUAAUGAUGAAGCUUUACCAUCAGCGGAGGAGCUGGAGGACUGGAUAGAGGAUGUUCUCUCUGGAAAGGUCAACACUGAGGAUGAUGAUGAUGAUGAUGACGACGACGACGAUGAUAUCGAUGAUGAUAGUAGUGAUGAAGACCAUUAUGGUGAUAAUGAUGAUGAUGAUGAUUAAGUGGUAUAUAGAAAAACUAUAACCACUGCAGAUUGUAUUGAUUCUGUUUAUGAGACUGAUGGUUUAUUAAUUACAGAGUUGACUCGAUUUAUUAUAGAACUGUCUGCAUUGCCAGCAAGAGACAUUUGAUAAUGCAAAACGUAAAAACAGAUAAUGACAUAUUAUAAUUCUGGUGCUGCUUAUUCAUUUGGAACUGUACAUGGCUACAAGAAAUAGGGUGUUCUGUAGUAUAACUUGUGAAUUUUAUGGGACAUUUAAGAUGUAUCAACAUGUUCAAUAAAGAACACAAAAUACU